AUGUACGGAACCUCAACAGGUCCUCAGACCGGAAUCAAUACACCGCGAUCGUCGUCGUCUCUAAGACCACUCAUCUUAUCUCACGGAUCGCUUGAAUUCAAUCUUCUUGUGCCAACAUCUCUUCACUUCCACUCGUCGCAGCUCAAAAACACCUUCACAGCCUCGUUACCAGAGCCGACAGACGAGCUUGCCCAGGAUGAUGAACCUUCGUCAGUAACAGAGCUUGUGGCUCGAUAUAUCGGCCAUGUUGCCCAUGAAGUCGAAGAGGGCGAGGAUGAUGCCCACGGAACCAACCAGGAAGUUCUCAAGAUAGCCCUCAAUGAAUUUGAGCGUGCCUUCAUGCGUGGAAAUGACGUCCAUGCGAUCGCUGCCACUCUCCCUGGAAUCACGGCCAAAAAGAUUUUGGUUGUUGAAGCUUACUAUGCCGGCCGAGCAGCCGCUGGUAGACCUACCAAGCCUUACGAUUCCGCACUCUUCAGGGCUGCUUCGGAUGAGAAGGCGAGUAUUUAUUCUGUCUUUGGAGGACAGGGGAACAUUGAAGAGUACUUUGAUGAAUUGCGAGAAGUCUACAAUACCUACACAUCCUUUGUGGAGGGGCUCAUAAACUCAUCGGCUGAACUACUACAAACUCUUUCCCGUGAGCCAGAUGCCAACAAACUCUAUCCGAAAGGCCUUAAUGUUGUGCAGUGGCUUCAAGACCCUGACACUCAGCCGGACGUGGAUUAUCUGGUGUCCGCUCCGGUGAGCUUACCGUUAAUCGGGUUAGUUCAGUUGGCGCACUUCGUUGUCACCUGCAAAGUGCUCGGGAGGGAACCAGGCGAGAUUCUUGAGCGGUUGAGUGGGACUACAGGUCAUUCUCAAGGAAUUGUCACCGCAGCAGCCAUCGCAUCAGCCACAACCUGGGAGAGCUUUGGGAAGGCCGCUGGCGACGCCUUGAAGAUGCUCUUUUGGAUUGGUUUGCGUAGCCAACAAGCAUAUCCUCGAACAUCCAUUGCUCCAUCCGUGUUGCAGGACUCAAUCGAGAACGGCGAAGGAACCCCAACUCCUAUGUUGUCAAUCCGUGACCUUCCAAGAACCUCCGUCCAGGAGCACAUCGACAUGACCAACCAACAUCUUCCAAACGACCGUCAUAUUUCAAUUUCACUGGUCAAUAGUGCCCGUAACUUUGUUGUUACUGGCCCACCCCUCUCUCUUUACGGUCUCAACCUUCGCCUAAGGAAAGUCAAAGCUCCCACCGGCUUGGACCAGAACCGUGUGCCAUUCACACAACGUAAAAUACGCUUUGUCAAUCGGUUCCUUCCAAUCACGGCUCCCUUCCAUAGCCAAUAUCUUUACUCGGCAUUUGACCAUAUUAUGGAAGACCUAGACGAUGUGAAAAUUCCGCCAAAGUCUCUUACUAUCCCCGUUUACGGUACCAGAGAUGGCAAUGAUCUGAGGGAGAUAAACGAAGAAAAUGUAGUCCCUGCGUUGGUUAGAAUGAUCACGCAUGAUCCCGUGAAUUGGGAACAAACAACCGUUUUCCCGCGCGCCACUCACAUCGUUGAUUUUGGUCCUGGGGGCAUCUCAGGUCUUGGUGUACUUACCAACCGCAACAAGGAUGGCACAGGGGUCCGCGUGAUACUCGCGGGGGCCAUGGAUGGCACAAACGCUGAAGUCGGGUAUAAGCCGGAGCUUUUCGACCGUGACGAACACUCUGUGGAAUAUGCCAUCGAUUGGGUGAGAGAGUAUGGGCCACGCUUGGUGAAGAAUGCUACUGGCCAGACUUUCGUCGACACCAAGAUGAGCCGCCUGCUGGGUAUCCCUCCUGUCAUGGUGGCUGGUAUGACUCCGACAACGGUUCCGUGGGAUUUUGUUGCUGCUACUAUGAAUUCGGGAUACCACGUCGAACUUGCUGGUGGGGGUUAUUAUAAUGCCAAAACUAUGACAGAGGCGAUCACUAAGAUCGAGAAAGCCAUUCCCCCGGGUCGUGGUAUUACAAUCAAUCUUAUCUACGUUAACCCACGUGCGAUGGGAUGGCAAAUCCCCCUGAUUGGCAGGCUCCGGGCCGAUGGCGUGCCAAUUGAAGGUCUCACCAUUGGUGCUGGUGUCCCUUCUAUUGAAGUGGCCAAUGAGUAUAUCGAAACCCUCGGUAUCAAGCACAUUGCCUUCAAACCAGGCUCAGUGGACGCCAUUCAGCAGGUCAUCAAUAUCGCAAAGGCCAAUCCCAAAUUUCCUGUCAUUUUGCAGUGGACUGGUGGCCGCGGAGGGGGGCAUCAUUCUUUUGAAGACUUCCAUCAACCUAUCCUGCAAAUGUAUAGUCGUAUCAGACGACAUGAAAAUAUCAUUCUUGUUGCUGGUAGUGGCUUCGGUGGUUCUGAAGAUACAUAUCCAUAUAUUUCUGGAAACUGGUCAUCUCGAUUCGGCUAUCCCCCAAUGCCUUUCGAUGGAUGUUUGUUCGGCAGUCGCAUGAUGAUCGCCAAAGAAGCGCACACUUCGAAGAAUGCCAAGCAGGCCAUUGCAAAUGCUCCUGGUCUUAACGACCAGGAUUGGGAAGAUACUUACAAAAGUGCUGCCGGGGGCGUGGUCACUGUUCUUUCAGAGAUGGGAGAACCAAUUCACAAAUUAGCUACUCGCGGUGUCUUGUUUUGGCACGAGAUGGAUCAAAAAAUCUUCAAACUCGACAAAAGCAAGCGUGUGCCGGAACUUAAAAAGCAGAGAAAUUACAUCAUCAAGAAACUCAACGAUGAUUUCCAAAAGGUUUGGUUCGGCCGCAAUUCCGCUGGAGAAACGGUUGACCUAGAAGACAUGACAUACGCAGAAGUCGUGCAUCGCAUGGUCGACCUCAUGUAUGUCAAGCACGAGGGCAGAUGGAUAGAUGACUCCUUGAAAAAGCUGACUGGCGAUUUCAUCCGUCGUGUUGAGGAGCGUUUCACUACAACUGAUGGACACACAUCACUCCUCCAGAACUACUCGGAGCUCAAUACCCCUUACCCGGCCGUUCACAAUAUCCUUGCGGCCUAUCCUGAGGCAGCAACUCAGCUGAUCAACGCUCAGGAUGUUCAGCACUUCCUUCUACUGUGCCAGCGUCGCGGCCAGAAGCCUGUACCCUUUGUUCCCUCAUUGGAUGAGAAUUUUGAAUACUGGUUCAAGAAGGACUCUUUAUGGCAGAGCGAGGAUUUGGAGGCGGUUGUAGGACAGGAUGUUGAAAGGACCUGUAUCCUGCAAGGUCCAAUGGCCGCCAAAUUUUCGACCGUCAUUGAUGAGCCCGUUGGAGACAUUCUAAACUCUGUUCACCGGGGCCAUAUCGACAGCCUAGUCAGAGAUGUGUACAACGGCGAUGAGAAUAUUAUACCGGUAACCGAAUACUUUGGAGGACGCUUGACCGAAGUCCACGAGGAUAUUGAAACUGACGGCCUUACCAUUUCUGAAGACGCCAACAAGAUCAGCUACCGGUUAUCCUCGUCUGCAGCAGACCUGCCAGAACUCAAUCGCUGGUGCCGCCUUCUCGCAGGCCCCUCAUAUUCUUGGAGACACGCCCUUUUCUUGGCGGACGUUUUUGUUCAAGGUCACCGCUUUCAAACAAACCCUUUGAAGCGAAUUGUCGCGCCCACUCCAGGAAUGUAUGUUGAAAUCCUGAAUCCAGAGGAUCCUCCAAGGACGGUCAUUAGCGUGAGGGAGCCUUAUCAGUCUGGCAAGCUUGUCAAGACGGUGGAUAUCAAGUUAAAUGAGAAGAGCCAAGUCAGCCUUACCCUUUAUGAAGGAAGAACUGCUGAAAACGGCGUGGUUCCCCUGACUUUCUUAUUCACUUACCACCCUGACACUGGAUAUGCGCCCAUCAGAGAAGUCAUGGACACUCGCAAUGAUCGCAUCAAAGAGUUCUAUUACAGGAUCUGGUUUGGAAACAAGGAUGUACCGUUUGAUACGCCAACAACAGCCACGUUUAGUGGAGGCCGUGAAACCAUCACAUCUCGGGCCGUUGCUGAUUUUGUCCAUGCCGUGGGUAACACUGGGGAGUCAUUUGUUGAACGGCCCGGGAAAGAAGUAUUUGCUCCCAUGGAUUUCGCCAUCGUCGCAGGGUGGAAAGCUAUCACUAAACCGAUUUUCCCUCGCACCAUCGAUGGGGAUUUGCUUAAGCUAGUGCAUUUAUCUAACGGGUUCAAGAUGGUUCCCGGUGCGCAACCGCUUAAGGUUGGUGAUACGCUCGAUACUGCUGCUCAGAUCAACUCUAUCAUCAACGAGGAUUCCGGGAAGAUUGUCGAAGUGUGCGGCACCAUCAAAAGAGAUGGCGAGCCCAUAAUGCAUGUCACAAGCCAGUUUUUAUACCGCGGAGCGUAUGUGGACUUUGAGAACACCUUCCAGCGCAAGGACGAAGUUCCAAUGCAGGUUCACCUGGCGUCUAGCCGAGAUGUAGCCAUUCUCCGAUCCAAAGAGUGGUUCCGCCUAGACAUGGACGAUGUCGAACUGUUAGGCCAAACCCUGACCUUCCGUCUACAAAGCUUGAUCCGGUUCAAAAACAAAACUGUUUUCAGCCAGGUUCAGACUAUGGGGCAAGUUCUUCUGGAACUUCCUACCAAAGAAAUCAUCCAGGUCGCAUCUGUCGACUAUGAAGCGGGCACAUCUCAUGGGAACCCGGUAAUUGACUAUCUCCAGCGGAACGGAACUUCCAUUGAGCAACCUGUCUACUUUGAGAACCCUAUUCCCCUCAGCGGGAAGACACCCCUAGUGCUCCGUGCUCCUGCUUCCAACGAAACUUAUGCUAGGGUAUCUGGUGAUUACAAUCCCAUACACGUCUCUCGAGUGUUCUCUAGCUACGCAAACCUGCCAGGUACCAUCACUCAUGGAAUGUACACAAGCGCUGCAGUCCGUAGCCUGGUCGAAACUUGGGCUGCUGAAAACAACAUCGGCCGUGUUCGGGGUUUCCAUGUAUCCCUGGUUGACAUGGUCCUCCCCAACGACCUGAUCACAGUUAGACUGCAGCAUGUUGGUAUGAUCGCUGGUCGCAAGAUCAUCAAGGUCGAGGCCAGCAACAAGGAGACGGAGGACAAAGUCCUCUUAGGGGAAGCGGAGGUAGAACAACCAGUCAGUGCAUACGUUUUCACUGGUCAAGGGUCCCAGGAACAAGGAAUGGGGAUGGAACUAUAUGCCACCAGCCCUGUUGCUAAGGAAGUUUGGGAUCGCGCGGACCGCCAUUUCAUUGAGAACUACGGUUUGUCGAUCAUUGAUAUCGUCAAGAAUAACCCGAAGGAACUUACGGUCUACUUCGGUGGACCUCGUGGGAAAGCCAUUCGACACAACUACAUGUCUAUGACUUUUGAAACAGUCAACGCGGACGGAUCUAUUAAAUCCGAAAAGAUUUUCAAGGAAAUAGACGAUCACACGGCGUCCUACACGUAUCGCUCCCCGACGGGGCUACUUUCCGCCACACAGUUCACGCAACCCGCAUUAACCCUAAUGGAGAAAGCAAGUUUCGAAGACAUGCGUUCAAAGGGCCUUGUCCAGAGGGACAGCAGCUUUGCUGGCCAUUCCUUGGGUGAAUACUCGGCCCUUGCUGCCCUUGCUGAUGUGAUGCCCAUAGAAAGUUUGGUUUCGGUUGUCUUCUAUCGUGGUUUAACUAUGCAGGUCGCUGUAGAACGCGAUGAACAGGGUCGCUCAAAUUACUCUAUGUGUGCUGUUAACCCCAGCAGAAUCUCCAAGACUUUCAACGAGCAGGCGCUCCAAUAUGUGGUCGAAAAUAUUUCUGAGCAAACAGGCUGGCUUUUGGAAAUCGUCAACUACAAUGUUGCGAACAUGCAAUAUGUUGCGGCUGGUGAUCUCCGUGCGCUUGACUGCCUCACCAACCUACUCAACUACCUGAAGGCACAAAAUAUAGAUAUUCCGGCUCUUAUGCAGAGCAUGUCUUUGGAGGAUGUCAAGGCUCACCUUGUCAACAUCAUCCUUGAGUGCGUGAAGCAAACCGAGGCGAAGCCGAAGCCCAUCAAUUUGGAACGUGGAUUUGCUACGAUCCCUCUCAAGGGAAUAGAUGUUCCCUUCCACAGCACCUUCCUUCGUUCCGGCGUGAAGCCGUUCCGAUCAUUCUUACUUAAGAAGAUCAAUAAGACGACCAUUGAUCCAAGCAAACUGAUUGGAAAGUACAUUCCCAAUGUCACGGCACGGCCGUUCGAGAUCACCAAGGAGUACUUUGAGGAUGUGUACCGGCUCACCAACUCUCCCAGAAUUGCCCACAUUUUAGCAAAUUGGGAAAAGUAUGAAGAAGGGAAUGAGGGCCCUUUACGCACCAACGGGCCCGCUACAGUUUAA